AUUUGGUUAUUGAACUCAGUGCGGUUAUGUUUUUGUUUCCCUUUUUUUUUUUUCUUUUUUCCCCUUUCUUUGCGUCGCCUAUAAAUCUUUACACUCUCCCUUUCACCUCUUUCACAACUACCCCUAUCUCUGAUUCCCACCAUAAGUCAUAACCUUCUUGGACUUGCAGAGAAAGCAAGGCAUUUAACAGAGAGAGAGAAAGAAGGGAGCUUGAAAUUUUGGAGUGAUGGCGAAGGAGCAAAUGCAAGUUCUGAAUGCACUUGAUGUGGCAAAAACACAAUGGUAUCAUUUCACUGCAAUAAUCAUAGCUGGAAUGGGGUUCUUCACCGAUGCAUACGAUCUAUUCUGCAUAUCCCUUGUGACAAAGUUGCUAGGCCGCAUAUACUACCACGUUGAUGGUGCGGAAAAGCCCGGUACAUUGCCUCCUAACGUAUCAGCUGCUGUAAAUGGUGUAGCUUUCUGUGGAACGUUGUCAGGACAACUCUUCUUUGGAUGGCUUGGAGAUAAGUUAGGCCGAAAAAAGGUCUAUGGCAUGACUCUGAUGAUGAUGGUAAUAUGCUCCAUUGGUUCUGGCCUUUCCUUUGGGCAUAGUCCGAAAUCCGUCAUGGCAACUCUCUGCUUCUUCCGGUUUUGGCUUGGUUUUGGUAUUGGUGGAGAUUAUCCGCUUUCUGCUACCAUAAUGUCCGAGUAUUCUAACAAGAAGACUCGUGGUGCUUUCAUUGCCGCGGUCUUUGCUAUGCAAGGUUUUGGAAUCUUGGCAGGUGGUAUAUUUGCGAUCAUAAUUUCAGCUUCAUUUAGAGACAGGUUUAAUGCUGCACCCUAUGAGGUUGAUCCAGUUGGUUCAACUGUUCCACAAGCAGAUUAUGUUUGGAGAAUAAUUGUGAUGGUUGGAGCACUCCCGGCUGCAUUGACUUAUUACUGGCGUAUGAAGAUGCCGGAAACUGCCCGUUAUACUGCCUUAGUUGCAAAGAAUCAAGAGCAAGCUGCAGCAGAUAUGUCUAAGGUUCUGCAGGUGGAGAUUCAAGCUGAGCCAAGGAAGGAGGAGCAGGAAAAGGCUAAAUAUGCCUUGUUCUCAAAGGAGUUCCUUAGUCGCCAUGGUCUACAUCUGCUCGGCACAACAACCACAUGGUUCUUGCUUGACAUUGCAUUUUACAGCCAGAAUCUUUUCCAAAAAGAUAUCUUCAGCGCAGUUGGUUGGAUCCCUCCUGCAAAAACCAUGAAUGCCCUUGAGGAGGUUUACAGAAUUGCAAGGGCUCAAACACUUAUUGCUCUUUGCAGUACAGUUCCUGGCUAUUGGUUUACAGUGGCUUUCAUUGAC